AGGCAUUUUAAGAGCAGAGUAUUCCUUCAACACGUGUAAAGAGAUAAUUUUUUUUCUCGCAACCUUCCAACACUUUCUAGAAUGAAUCAGUGACCAAGGAACAUGAAACUGUGCUGGCUAUGUUCGAAUCCUAAAGCAGAACAGACCCUUGAGGGCAGUAUUCCUGUGAGCAACGUACUGAGUGAACCUACCAGAAUCAACUCUCAAUCACCGCCACCAUCACUACUAUGUCCCGCCAUCUCACCUCUACGUGUGCCUUAUUACGAUUGGUAUGGAUCAUGCACGCAGUGGGGGGCGACGCCAGCAUGAAUGCGGCAAGACCAUCAAGGCAAUGAGGAAGCUUCUGCAAACAACAGCACCCUAACAGUGUCUCCACAACAGAUGCCACCUCCACCACUUUCACACCAGUCUCCUAAAGCCAAUUCAAUAAACCAAGACUCUAAUGAAGCCUCAACAAGACAUACACAGCAGAGGACCUCACCAAGUAAUGACAGCUUGAAUAUGUCUGUUCCUACAGUUUCCAACACCUCAGGCAAUAAAAUUAAUCCUGUCUUCAUGAAUGCUUCCCACACUGAAAAAUAUGCAACACCAAACAGCAAAGCCUCAAGAGAUAGUCAUGCUGUUCUAGAUACUACAAUUGAUAUAAUAAGAGGCAUUUUUGAGGUGGUGUUACCCAUUGUCAGUUUAGUGUUUGCAUAUCCUGCAUGUGCCAUCAAUGUCCGGGCAUGGAUGGACUACCUAUUUGGGACUCAGAUAGUAGAGGCUGCUCUGGGUACUGAAGGGUUAUACAAGACCAUACUCUUACUUGAAAAUCCCAAUUUCUGAUAUGGAGAUAAUUUUGAAUCAUAAAUUGCACCAAGUAAAUCAGAGUAUGUACAGUAAUAAAAAAUAUUUAAAAGAA